AUGCGCUACAAUCAACUCAGAAAUACGGAGAAUCUGAAAGAUGCCCUUCUCGAAGACCUCCUCGACAAAUGCACCGAGCUGCAAUUUCGCAACGAGGAUCUCACUCGACAGCUUCCGCCUCCUGGCGUCAACUACAAGCAAGUUGCGACCACACUCACGGACAUGAUAAAUCGCCAGACACUUUUGGUUGCUCUUAUUGAUGGCAACUCUCUCAUUUUCCAGAGCUACCUGCUCAAGCAAGGCAGCAAGGGCGGCCAGCAAGCUGCGAGCAUUUUCAGGCAGAAGCUUAUGGAAUGGGCAUCCACAGCUUGGCCACGCGUUGCAAUGGACGGCGCUGUUGUGCGUGUGUUCGCCAACGUUAAAGUCCUGGCCGAGAAGUGUCGCAAAGCCAACCUUGUGCCUUCGACGGAUGUCUUUGAAGCGUUCGUCCAAGGUUUCAACAAUGGCGAAGGAGGGCUCUUUGACUUUGUCGAUGUUGGAGGUGCUCCUGAUGGGGUCGUCACUAAAAUGACAGCCGAACUGCAAUACCACUCCCUCAACUACCAGAGCGGCCACGUUCUCUUUGGCUGCGGCAACGACAAGGCUUUUGUCCAAACGCUCGAGGGCUAUGUCGACAAUGUUGAGAUGCUCGGUCGUUUGAGCUUGUUGGAACUCGAGCCUUUCGAGAACGAGGACAUGGCCAAUAUGCCCUUUGAGAGAAAGAAGCUUCAAGGCAUCUUCCGCGACUCCCACAAGCCUCUCCCGAACGCACCAGAGGUACACGCCGAGAUCACUCGCAAGGAUUCGCGUAACAUGUUCAACCCACAGAGCGGUGUCUUCACUCCCCAACAAUCACCGUUCAGCCCUCGCCCCGUCAUUCCAGCGGUCGCCCCUAGCCCGGCGCCAUCCCUUCGAAACGACCUGACACGCACCAACUCCCACGCCUCCUCGAGCGCAUUUUCGGAAGUUCCGUCAUCAGUUGCCACUAACGGUGGAAAUGUGGGCGGCGGCGGUUGGGCUAACAUCGCUCGUGGCUCUGCCCAUCUCCCCUUCAAGGACCUCACGAGCAAGCCCGCACCACCAGAGACGGUCAAGAUCACCGGCCCGGUCGUUCGCCAGAACAAACUCGGCCAGCGCAUCGAUGCUGAGAUGGAGUACAAUCACGAGAAGGUAUAUGAGCUGAAGAAGAUGAAGUACUGCAAUCAGCACUACAUCGGUCGCGGAUGCUGCCAGCACUCAGCCGGCAACGGCGCCUGUCCUCAUCGGCAUGAACCCAAGCUGAACAAGGACGACCUGAAGUGGCUCCGUGUCGUCGCCCGCGAGACGGUCUGCAAGAAGGGCACCGCCUGCACGGAAAUCGACUGCAUCUACGGCCAUCACUGCCCGUAUCCGAAAGUGCAGGAGGGCUCCAACAAAGGCAUCGCUUGCAUAAAUGGCGACAAUUGCCGAUUUGGAAGUGAGAUGCAUGGCAUGGAUACGGUCGUUGAUCGGAUUCUUCGUGCGGAGGAUGUGGAGUAG